GAACAGGAGUCCUCACUCGCAGUGCUCUGCAUCGGCUUUGGCUGCAGCACUGCUGCUAUUGCUGCGCGUCUGGGUGCCCUGAUCCUUUGCACAGCUAUAGAGAGGCAGUGCAAUGAUUGAACUGGGCUCAGUGGAGGAGGGCAGCAGUCUGAUAGACGAGCUGAUGGAGUUAACAUCUCAGAGUUUAUGUCAGCUCGAGAUUAAAGAACACUUCAACAUUAUUAAAGAGAUCGGUCGGGGAAAGUAUGGACGUGUGCUGCUGGUCACCCACCGCUGCAAGGGGACUCCGAUGGCUCUCAAAGUGCUACCCAAGGCCUCCACCAAACUGCAGGGCUUCCUGAGAGAAUACUGCAUCUCUUUGCAUCUGUCUUGCCACCCAUGCAUCGUGGGAUUGUUUGGAAUCGCCUUCCAGUCCAACGAGCACUACGGAUUCGCCCAGGAGCUUGUGACAGGACGGGACCUUUUUGCCAUCAUCCAGCCACGGGUGGGCAUCCCUGAAUGUGCGGUGAAGCGCUGUGCUGUUCAGAUCUCUUGUGCUCUAGAGUUCAUCCACCAGCGUGGUCUGGUCCACCGCGACAUCAAGCCUGAGAACAUUCUGCUGCUGGACACCCAAUGCCGGCGGGUCAAACUGGCCGACUUCGGCCUCACCCAGAGACGAGGAACCCUCAUACGCUUCAUAUCGGGCACGCUGCCGUAUAUGGCUCCAGAGCUGUGCGCCAUGGUCUUGGAGGAAGGUCAGAAGGAGGUAACAGUCCCUCCGCUCCGUGUGGAGCCCACUCUAGAUACCUUUGCCUUUGCCGUGCUUCUUUUCUGUAUCCUCACUGGCUUCUUCCCCUGGGAGCGCUGCAAUGACAGCGACGAUUUCUACGAGGAAUUUGCAGACUGGCGCAGAUCGCCGAAGAAAACCCCUGUGCCAUCUCAGUGGAAAAGAUUCACGCCUGUGUGCAUGCAGAUGUUCAGAAGGAUGUUAGCACUGGAUCCCAGUGAGAGGUGCUCUGUAGGGGAGGUCAAAGGUUAUGUGGGUAAGGACUGGGUGCGAGCGAAGGACGCCAACGGAUGGGUGGGAGAAAAUGGGGAGGUCAGCACAUCCACACCGAGUCCCUGCAGAAGCAGCUACAGUGAUGAACAGUGAUGGUGUUAUAUGACAAAUGAGCAGAAUGUGGUGCCGGUUGCAAUGCAGAGAGCUGCUCGGUGGAAAGAAUGUAGAUCAUUAGAGGUGUUGAUAUCUUAAAAAGUUAUGAGGAAGACACUCAUUUGCGGGUCAAUAUUAUUGGUUAAAUACAAUUUAUACUUCAUUAACAGCAAUUGUGGCAUGCU